CCACGACUUCCGCCAUCUCUCAUCCCCAACGCCCUCCUCGACCCCUCGACAAGUCGCCAAUAUGGGUGGUGUUUCCGUUCGCGAUGUGGACGCGCAGAAGUUCAUUGCUGCCUACUCUGCUUUCCUGAAGCGUCAGGGAAAGCUCCCCAUCCCCGGCUGGGUUGACACUGUCAAGACCUCCGCUUCCAACGAGCUCCCUCCCCAGGACCCUGACUGGUAUUACAUCCGCGCCGCCGCAGUCGCUCGCCACAUCUACAUGCGCAAGACCGUCGGUGUCGGCCGCCUUCGCAAGGUUCACGGUUCCACCAAGAACCGUGGCUCCCGCCCCGCUCACCACGUCGAUGCCUCUGGCUCCGUUGACCGUAAGGUCAUGCAGUCCCUCGAGAAGAUCGGUGUCCUUGAGGUCGAUGAGGACAAGGGUGGUCGCCGCAUCACCCAGUCCGGCCAGCGUGAUCUGGACCGUAUCGCCAAGACCACCGUCGAUGAGGAUGAGGAGUCGGAUGACGAGUAA